CAGACUUUGAAUAAUGGAUAAUGUUUAUAUGAAUAUACAUAAUACAUAUGUUAUGAAUAAACGUUUUCAUCAUAAUUAUUCUUUACCUUAUACUUUAAACUAUUUACGAAUUUAAAAAAAACUAUAAGUGCAAAUUUACAAUUCAAAAAUUAAUGCUCCUAACACUUUUUCGAUAGUUGACAAACUGAACAAUAGAGGUCAGCACUUUAUAACAUGACGUAUCAUUUAGUUUUUUAAUAUGACAUAUUGAAGCUCAGUUUUCUUUUUCUUUUUUUCGAAAGUUGUUUUAUUUGAUUUUUCAUCUAAUAAUUUAAUUAUUUUCACUUCAAGUGAACAGAUCAGAAUGGCAAGUGGUCUUGAAAUACUUCGAGAUAAGAGGGUGGCAAAUGGCGGGCUUUCAAAUGUCAACUGUCAAAGCACAGAAGAUGAUCCUCACUGUCUUAUGGAAGAAUUUUGCUGCCUGUACAGCGAAAAGUUAAAAGCAAUUGAUGAAGAAUACCCAGAUUCCUUAGAACCAAAAUGCCAAGCUCUCACAGAUCUAGUAAGUGAUUUGUCUGAGCAGAACUUUAUGCUUUUGAAAACUGUUGAAGAACUAGAAAAAGAAGCUCUAUGUAGAGCAGAAGCUUUUAGCAAUCUUGCCGAAGCUGCUAAAGAUACAAUGCAACAAGAUGUAGUAUCAGACUUGACCCAACUAUUAGAACUUAUGAGAAGGCUCCGAGAAGACAAGAAGCUCUGUGCAUGUGGUCUUACUUUUAAAACUAUUAAGUAUGAAGAUGUUUUUGGAAAACAGCCAAUGCUUUCACCAAAUGCUGUUGAGUAA